CAUGGGAUACCAAGAGACGCUAUGUCCCGAGCGUCCUGUAUCUAUGGAGACGUCAGCGCGGCGGCAUUUGCGUGAGUUCUGAACGUUGGAGCUCAUCGGGAGGAACAAGUGUCAAGGAAGCUCCAGACUCAUCUAUGGAUUUGGUAGGAAUUUUUGGCUUUGCUAGAUGCAGGUCCAGGCAAACCAAUGCCAUAUCCUGAGGACCAGGGAGAGCGGAGAAUGUACCAUGAACACUAUGAAUGAGGAGUCGUGCCUGAGUGCCAGCACACUGGGAAGUAGCAGUGUCACUACCCAGCUUGUAGAUCCCCUGACCAGGAAAAUAUGCUUCAUAAAGCGGCAAAAUGAUGUGAAGAAGAGGGUGAUCUGGGGCAUUGAGGUCGCUGAGGUGCUGCACUGGAAAGGCUGGGAGCUGGGAAAGGAAACAACAAGGACCCUGAUUCUGAAAAACCUCUCUUUGAAAACCCAGAAGAUAAAGUACAGGCCUCCCAAGACCAAGUUCUUCUUCACUAUCAUUCCACAGCCCAUCUUCCUGAGCCCAGGCAUAGCGCUCACACUCCCCAUUGUCUUCCGACCUCUAGAAGCGAAGGAAUACACAGACCAGCUGUGGUUUGAAAAAGAAGAGGGGGUGUUCUGUGUGACCCUCAAGGCCACCUUGCCUUGCUACAAGCUAGUCUGCCCGUCAUCUCUGCAACUGCCCAUGUGUGCCCUUGGGGACACUGUGGAGACUUGGUUCUGUCUGAACAACGUGGGGGACCUGCCCACCUUCUUCACUUGGGAAGUCCCAAGCCCAUUUCAGAUACUUCCCACUACGGGGUUACUGGAGCCAGGCCUGGGUUGUAAGAUCAAAGUGACCUUUGAGCCCCUCAUAGCUGUCAUCCAUGAAGUUGAGGCCUUGUGCUGGUAUGGAAAGGGAAGCAAACAGAAGAACAGCAUCCACAUACAGGCUGCAGCCAAAUGUGCACAGCUGCUGGUGAGCAUAAAGCACAAGCAGGCAGAGGACCAGGAUCAGGAAGGUUUCCAGAAAGUGUUACACUUCGGCUAUGUCUCCGUGGGCUCCGUGGCAGAGCGGCAAAUCAGGCUACUUAACCCAUCUGCGGUUAACGCCCCCUUCAAGAUUGAAAUGGCUGAAGACUUACUGAUUAAAGACCAAAGCUUCUCAUGUUCCAUGAGCCAAGGCAUUGUGCCCCCAGGGGAGAAGAAAUGCCUGUCUCUGUUCUUUCACCCUAAGACCUUGGACAGCAGAGCCAUAGACUACUUCUCCAUCAUACCUUCUGGCUGUGCCACCCAAACUCUGCUCCAGGUUGUUGGUUUCUGUAGAGGUCCCAAUGUAGUUCUGCAGCACUACUGUGUCAACUUCAACUGGGUCAAGCUCGGGGAGCGCUCGGAACAGACUCUGUGGAUUGAGAACCAGUCGGACUGCCGGGCUCACUUCCAGUUUGACAUUGACUGCCAAGAAAGCGUCUUCAGCAUCAGGCCUGCCUUUGGAACCCUGGCAGGCAAGACCCGUAUGAUCCUGCACUGUGCCUACCAGCCCACUCACCCUAUCAUUGGUUUCCGGAGGGUGGCCUGUCUCAUCCACCACCAGGACCCACUGUUUCUGGACCUGAUUGGGACCUGCCAUUCAGACAGCACCAAGCCAGCCAUCCUGAAGCCUCAGCACCUCACAUGGUACCGAACACACCUGGCUCGGGGCCUGACCUUCUACCCUCCUGACAUCCUGGCUGCCAUGCUAAAGGAGAAAAAGCUGGAACGGGAUAAGAACGGGGCCCUCAUGCUGCCCCCUGAGUCUCUCCCUAUGCAGGAUCUGGAGGAUCUACCAGACCAAAAGUACCCCAAUAUCCCCCCCAUGACGGAGUACUUUUUUGACGGCACCAGGGACCUGGCCAUCUUUCCCCCGGCUGUCUGUCUAGAACCUAUUGAUGUGGACUUUGGUGCCUGUCCUGGGACUGAGGCCCCCAACCCUGUUCCUUUGUGCCUGAGAAACUAUACCAAGGGCAAGAUCACUGUGGUCUGGACUCACAGAUCUGACUGCCCUUUCUGGGUGACCCCAGUCACUAGUGACGUACCCCCACUCAAGUCCAUAGCCCUGCGCCUGCACUUCCAACCGUCCUCCCCCAACUGCCUCUACGCUGUGGAGCUAGAAGCCUUCGCCGUAUAUAAGGUCCUUCAGUGCUACAGCAAUAUAGAAGAGGACAGCACGGUGGUCCCAUCCUGGUGUCUGAAGGUUCGGGCUCGAGGCCACAGCUAUUACCCUGCUUUAGAGCACCACAUUCCCCAUUAUUCUCUGGAUGCACCCAAGACGUUCCCAGCAGUAUCUUCUGGAAAACCCUCCUACAGAAGUCUGUUUUUGGUCAACAAAGGCUCCAUGCUGUUGACCUUCAGCCUGGCCCCCAGUGGCAGCUCGGACAUCAUGCUGAAGCCCUCCUCUGGCCUCCUUGCUCCUGGAGCCCACCAGGUCUUCCUUAUCAGCACAUACCCCAAGGGCACCUCGUGGAAGCAGCACAUUUUCUAUCUGAAGUUCAACUUUUAUCCCCAGUAUCUCAAGGAAGUGAGCAUGCAGAGCAGAGAGGAGCCCCUGGAGCUGAAGCUGGAUACCUGGAGAAGCAUCUUCUUCAAGCCUACCUGGGUGGGCUGUUCCUCCACUAGCAACUUCACCUUUCACAACCCCUCACGGCUGCCCCUGCAGUUCGAGUGGAGGGUCUCCCAGCAGCACCAAAAGCUGCUGGCUGUCCAGCCCUCCAGGGGGAUCAUCCAUCCUAAUGAGAACCUCACACUGACAUGGAUCUUCAGCCCUUUGGAGGAGACCAAGUACCUGUUCCGAGUGGGAGUAUGGGUCUGGGAAGCCAGACAUCCACCAGAGACCAAGCCUCAAACCACCGUGCACUACAGGAUUCGGCUGGUGGGCAUGGGUGUUACUGGAUGCCUCUCUGCAAACCCAAAGGAGCUGGACUUUGGGAACGUACUGGUGAACAGCCAGGAGGUCAAGUCUUUGGUGCUCCUGAAUGAUGGCAACUGCACCCUCUAUUACCGCCUGAUCCUGGAGCAACACAGGCCCAAGGGCCUCAACAAUGACCCCUGUGCCCUGGAAUUCGACCACUCGGAAGGGACUAUGCCGCCUCAUUCUCAGGAUACCAUCUAUCUGACUGCCCGUCCAAAAGUCCGUUCCAAGUAUUCCUGGACCAUUAGCUACUGUCUCCUGUCCCAAAGAGUCACUCCCCCAGACAGCAUGGACGGCAAAACACAGGAGCUGUGCCACGUCUCCCUGACAGCAGUGUAUCCUUUGCUCUCCAUCCUGGAUAUCUGCUCCAUGGGCAGUGCCGAGGGCAUCACUCGAAAGCACCUGUGGAACCUCUUCUCCCUGGACACACUCAAUAGUUACUUGGCACGUGACCCAACUGUCAAGGAGCUCACCUAUAAGGUGCCCACCCGGCACAGCAUGAGCCGUACACCUCCCAUCUUCACUCCUCUGAAGCUGGACUUCAAUUUUGGAGCAGCACCACACAAUGCCCCGCCUUCAGUGGUACUCCUCAUGCUGAAGAACACUGGACUGGUGCCCUUGGACUGGUCUUUCCUCUUUCCAAGUGACCAGCAGCUGGACCUGGAUAUGUGGCUAGAACAAGCAGACCUCAACAGCACUGAGCUCCACCAAAUGCGUGCAGAGGAUAAUUGCCUCUUCUCCAUCAACCCCAAGACUGGGAGCCUGAACCCUGGGCAGGAGCAGAUGGUGGAGUUCAAAUACAGACACCUGUUUGUUGGCACCGAUCGCCUCUCUGUGCUCUUCAAGGUGUCCCAUGGACGGGAGAUCCUGCUAUACUUCAUUGGCGUGACAGUGAGGCUGGAGCAGAAGUAUGUGCACUUCACCUCUACCAUCCACCACUUCAUUCCUGUCCCCAUCGGCGACACAUUGCCCCCACGCCAGAUUUAUGAGCUGUACAAUGGUGGCUCUGUACCUGUGACAUACGAGGUCCAGAUCAGCGUUCUGUCAAAGGUUCAAGAAAAAAAUUUUGACCAUCCUAUCUUCUGCUGCCUGAACCCCAAAGGGGAGAUCCAGCCAGGUACUACUGCUCGGAUCCUGUGGAUCUUCUCACCCAUCGAGGCCAAGACCUACACAGUGGAGGUACCCAUACACAUCAUUGGAUGGAACUCAGCUGUCAUCUGCUUCCAAGGAGUAGGAUAUGACCCCUAUGUCAUGGGUGACACCGCCCCUUUCCACAGCAUCUCUUCGUGGGACAACAGUUCCAUAUCCUCUAGGCUGAUGGUUCCCGGGCAGAAUGUCUUUCUGUCCCAGUCUCACAUCUCCCUGGGAAACAUCCCUGUGCAGAGUAAGUGUAGCCGCCUGCUCUUUCUCAACAACAUCUCCAAGAACGAGACAAUUGUCUUCACCUGGCAGCCAAGGUCCUUAGACUUUGGGGAGGUAUCUGUGAGUCCCAUGGAAGGAGAAGUGCCUCCUGAAGAGGGAGUCCCAAUCCUAGUGACCCUGAAAGCCUCCGUUCAUGCCAGCUUCUACAGCAUAGACCUGAUAUGCAAGGUGUACCAGCAGGAGCUCAUGCAGCAGUAUCACAAGGAGCUACAGGAAUGGGAAGAGGAGAAGGCUCGGCAGGAGGUGGAGUUCACCAUCACAGAUCGGAAAGUAAAGAGGAGAGCACACCGUGUGGCCCAUGAACCUCCAAAGAAGUACAAGACGCUGCCUCCCAUCACAAACCAACCACCUCUCAGUCGGCCUGCCACCUGGAACCUGAAGAUGGCAAAGAAGGAGACAUCGUGGCCAUGUCCUCAACCCCCUGUGCCCGGCUUGCUCUGUCUAGGCCUCACCGCGAGGGCCCAUGCCACCGAUUACUACCUGGCCAACUUCUUCUCUGAGUUUCCUUGCCACUUCCUGUACCGGGAGCUGCCAAAGAAGAAAUCCUCCAAGGAAGAGCCAAAAUCUUCUGAGGAAGAACUCCCUGACAUAGAGGGCCCCGUCUCUAGGCAGAAGAAGCAGCUUCUGGUGGACUGCUUCACCACCAUCAUCCGGGGUCUAUUGGAAGACAAGAAUUUCCAUGAUGCUGUGGACCAAAGCCUGGUGGAGCAGGUGCCUUACUUCUGCCAGUUCUGGAAUGAGCAAUCAGCUAGGUUCCUAGCCCAGAAGAGCAGCUUGUAUUUAGUGCCCAUCCUGUCCCUGCCGUCCAUCUAUGAGGACAGGAAAAGCAAAGGGCAAGAGGAGGGCCUUUUGGAGAAGAUGCCAGGAGGGCAAGAGGAUGAUGAAGAGGAAGAGGAAGAGGAGGAGGAGGAGGCGGAAGAGGAAGAGGAGGAGAUAGAAGAGAACAUGAGCAAGGAGGAGGAGGACGUAGACAAGGAGGCAAAGCUGACCACGUGGUCAGGGAUUAAGGCCGCAGAGCCACCAUCCCAGCAGUCUCUGCAGUGGCAAUGGCAGCAGGAUCUGAAAACCAUAAUAAAGGAGGAGACAGAAAACGAUGAGAAGGAGGCCACUGGGAGGCUACCAGCUUUUGCCAACCUGCAGGAAGCGAUACUCGAGAACAUGAUCCAGAACAUACUGGUAGAGGCGAGCCGUGGAGAGGUGGUGCUCACCUCUAGGCCCCGAAUCAUUGCCCUACCACCAGUCAGCAUGCACAGACCAGACACCCUCUCGCGGAUGUCACAAGGGGAAAUGAUCUGCUCUGGGAUACAGCAUCCUGACUGUUUGCUGGUGUCAGCAUCCAGCCCCUCUUACAUGACUGCCUAAAUUUCCCCUGAUCCCUUUUUACUGUUCUGCAAGUAAACCAUUUAGUUCCACA